AUGCAUAGACGUAAUACUGAAAUAUUCAAAAAUCCAAUUCAUCUUGUACGACCACUUACAGUCGACCAAAAUCGACGAUUAGAACGACGUAAAAAUUAUGAUAUAAAAACAAAUGAACGUCGUCCAAAAACAGGUGGACUAGAAUCAACAAAUACAUAUAAUAGUGAUUUUCAAUCAAGUUCAACUUCAACUAAUUUUUCAUUUGCUAGUGAUGAAGAUUAUGAUACAGAUUUAGAUGAUGAUGUUAAUCAAUAUCGUGAUCGUUCAUGUAUUGGAAUGUAUAAAUAUGUUUGUAAAUAUGAACAAAUUGUACCUGUUGGACAGUAUUUGAAACAUUAUGAUCAAAAAGAAUUAUUAAUGCAUUAUUAUGGUUUAGGUUCAAAAGGUAUGCGAGCAUUUCUACCAAGUUUAACAAUGAACACAUAUAUAACUAAACUUGAUUUAACAAGUAAUGGUCUUGGUGAUAAAGGUAUUAUUUAUUUAUCACAAAUUCUUCGUGAUAAUAUUGCAAUUGUUGAUAUUAAUCUUUCACAAAAUUUUAUUGGUCUUGAUGGUACUCGACAUUUAUGUGAUAUGUUUAAAGAUAAUGUAACAAUUAAUCAUUUAAAACUUGAAGGAAAUUUAUUAGAUGAUGAAUGUGCUCGUCUAUUAGCUGAACUUAUUUCAAGUACUGGACAAUUAUAUACAUUAAAUUUGGCAAAAAAUAAACUAGGAUCAACAAGUGGUAUUUUCUUAGGUCAAGCUAUUGCUGAAAAUACAACAAUGGAAUCUCUUGAUCUCAGUUGGAAUUCAAUAAAUGGUAAAGGUGCUGUUGCAUUAAUUAAAGGAAUUCAAGAAAAUGUUUUUCUUAAAAAAUUAAAUUUGGCUCAUAAUGGUUUAUCAGGAGCUGAAUGUGGUCGUGCUUGGUUCAAUGCUUUCAAAGAGAAUACUUCACUUGUUGAACUUGAUAUCAGUCACAAUCGUUUAACAACUGAACCAGCUACAUACAUUGGUCGUGGUCUUGCUAAAAGUGAAAGUUUACAAAUCAUACGUUUAACAGGAAAUCCACUUGAAUCAGCCGGAUGUUAUGCUAUACUUAAACCACUUAUAGGAAAAGAUACAACACCCAAUAAACUUGAACUUAUUGAUUUAACAGAAAUUCUAUUAAAUAAUGAUUGUCAAGAGCUUUACUUACAAGUAAAAACUCAACGUCCUGAAAUUCGUGUUUUAGCUGGUUUGAGAACACUACCACCAUUGUUAAAAAGUAGUCAUCGCUCUCAACCAUCACCAAUGGAACGAUUACAUACACUUUUUCAACGUCGUCCUGAACUUGAUCUCGCAAAUUUUUUUUACUCUAUUGCUGCUAGUGAUGAUCAAAUGUCGGAUGAUCGAAUAACAGAUCAUUCUCAAUUGAAACAAGCAAUUCAAGAGACACUCAAUGCUCAAUUUUCUGAUGCAGAUAUUGAUAAAAUUUUAAAAGAAAUAGCUCAAUUUGAUUGCAAGAAAUUUAUACAAACUUUUGAUAAUAAACCAACAACAACGAGUUUAUCAUCAUCAUCUUGUCGUUUCAAAAAAAUACAAGGAGCAAUGAAUAACAAUUGUGAAUUAGAAUGUACCCGAGAAGAAGCGGAUUUUAUUGGAUCGCAUUUAUUAGAUUUUGUAACAAGUGAACAUCGAUCAAUUUGGUUUACAUAUCAAACAAAAUUAACUGAUCAAUCAUCAGAAAAUAAUAAAUUCAUUUAUUCAAAAAAUCCGAUACAAAAAUCAUGGAAAGUACUUUAUAAUUUAGGUUCAAUGAUUUCCUAUGAUAAAUUUUUUGGUCAUAUUCUUAAUAAUCGACAUCCAGCUCGCAUCAAAAUAAAUAAAGAUACACGUGGAAGAGUGAGAAGCAUUAUUUUGGAAAUACAAUAUACUCAAUAUCGAAUAAUAUUUGAUUUAAACAUACUUCAUACCAAUAUUCUUGUUAAAUAUGGACAAGAAAAAAAUAAUGAACCGAUCCAAAUUAUAUUGAUGCUCAAAGGAUUACCACAGAUCGAACAGCAGCAUCCUAAUGGUGAUUUCAUCAGAAUUUGCAAUUUAUCAGAACAUAACAUAGAUCUUGCUGUCAUUUGUCAGUGUUCGGAUUUAUGGUUACAAUUUGGCAGUCUUUCCGAUGCACAGAAUUUUCUUCAACAACUUCUUACUUUCAGUGUUACAAAAAAAUUCGUACAAAAUUAUGUUGAUUUUCAAUUUUCUUUGUCAUCUAACGAUAAAACGUCAUGUUUAUCUUUGUAUGAUAAAAAUUUUUCAUCUAUAUUAGGUUCUUAUGGCAUGAAAAUGCUCGAAUCACUUGGUUAUUUAUUUAAAGAUAAAUAUCUUAUUGAUCAUAAUAUACAAUCAAGAUUUAUUUUAUGUCAUGAAAAAUCAUCGGAUAAAUUUUAUGAAUUAUGCCAUGUUUUAUGGAAAAACUUACAACAAGAUCAUUGUUAUUUGCUUAGAAACAUAUUUGAUGAUCAAAAUAUAUUUAAUUGUACGUUAUCCAAAAAUAAAUAUCAAGUUCCACAUGCUAUUGUUACUCCAUUACGGAUUUUAUUUCAACCAAUUCAUUUAACCACUGGUCAUCGAGCAAUGCGACAAUAUGAUAAGAAAAAAGGAUAUGAAUGGAUGCUUGUUUAUAUUAGAGAUGAAGAUAGUUUUAGUAAAAUGAUUAAUAUGAAAGAAAGUGAUGAACUUAGAAGUCGAUAUGGGAAAGUUCUAUUAAAUGGUCUGUGUUUGGAAUCAUUUGUCUACAAAGAAUUGAUGUAUUAUUACUUUGGCUCAUCAGGAAGUCAAAUGAAAGAACAAGAAUUUUGGUUUUUGGCAUCUACUAAAGUCAACUCAGCUGAUGGUGCAUCUACAGUUAACAAAGCCCGAAUAGCAUUAGGGGAUUUAAAGAAAAUUCAAAAUAUUGCGACAUAUAUUGCACGAGUCGGUCUUUAUCUAACAACAUCAAAACCAACAGAUAUUAAAUUAACAUUUGUUGGCAAAAACUAUUGGGGAUAUCCAAAAGUUUCUUUAUCAUCUCCGUUUACCAUUGCCUUUCAAAGAUGGAUUAAACCUUCUGCUGAUCAUACGACAUAUAAAGCAUAUCUUAUCGAUGAUAUUGAACGGCAUGGAUACUGUUUUACUGAUGGUAACGGUCUAAUAUCAUUAGGUCUUGCUAAAAAAGUAGCCAUAUCAAUUGGAAUUCGUAUUAACAAAAAUAAGGACAUACCAUCAGCCUAUCAAGUACGUGUUGCUGGAUGUAAAGGAAUGUUAUCUAUUGACCCUCAAUCGACAAUGAAUGAUAAUUAUAUAAAAGUUCGAAAAAGUAUGAUGAAAUUUGCCAGUGAUGAUUGGACACUUGACAUUGUUGAUCAUUCUCGAUUAAGUAAUCUAAAUAAUCAAAUUAUUCGUCUAUUAUAUGACCUUAAUAAAGAGAAUAAAGCUGUUAUUGAAUCAUUACAAAAUCGAUGUUGUUUACAAAACGAAUGGCAUCCAUCUGAAGAAGCGUAUCUCAAUAUAUUUGAUUCAAAAGAUAUAGAUCGUAUAAAAGAUGACAAUAGACGAUGUGGUUAUUUAAAUGCAAAAGAUUUAUUACGUUGUAACAAAAUUCCAUUGCCUGUUGAUGAAAGUCGAUGUUUAUUUGGUAUUGCAGACGAAACGAAAUCAUUAAAAGAAGGUCAAUGUUUUAUUCAAUAUCAGACAAUGGACAAAAAUUUCUAUAAAGUUGUGAAAGGUGAAGUUUUAGUGACGAAAAAUCCAUGUCUCUAUCCAGGCGAUAUUCUUUGUCUAGAAGCUGUUGACAUUCCUGCACUUCGACCAUUCAUUCGUGAUUGUAUUGUAUUUCCUGUUCUUGGACGUCGACCACACUCAAAUGAAAUAGCUGGAUCUGAUCUUGAUGUUACACCUGAAUUAGUUGUUACUCAUAUUCUUGAUAAACUAGAUGAUACAACAUAUGGCAAUAUUAGUAAUACACAUUCAGUUAUAGCUGACAAACAUCCAGAUGGUACCAUGUCAGCUGAGUGUAAAUUUCUUGCAGAACUUUUUCCUCGUGCUAUUGAUUCGAUUAAAACUGGUGAACAAAUCAAUAUGGAAGAGAUGAAAGAAUUAAGAGAAAAAUGGUGUGAUACAUAUCCAACAUGGAUGAUGAAAGAUGAUAAACCAAAUUACAAAAGCACAACAAUUAAUGAACAUUUGUUUACUAGAGCUCAAAAUUUGCGAAUUAACGGAUCUGCAUAUAAAUGCAUGCAUAUUAAAUAUGAUAAAAUCAAUAAAGAUACUUUAAUUAAUAUUGAAGAAGAUGAUGAUACAGUUAAUAGAGAUAUUUCAAUUUAUAGUCGAAAUGAUUAUAAUCAAAAUGAACAAUACUGUAUUAAUCGUAAAAUAUUUUAUAUCACAACAAUGAUCGGUUUUUUUAUCGUUAUUUAUAUAUUUUAUCUUAUGAAAAAAUAA